AACAUGUUCACCUCUAACAAUGCCUGCUCUGUGCCUUCCUCCUUCCGGCUCACUGGCAUCCCAGGACUAGAGUCCCUGCACAUCUGGCUCUCCAUCCCCUUUGGCUCCAUGUACCUGGUGGCUGUGAUGGGAAAUGUGACCAUCCUGGUGGUGGUAAAGAUGGAACGUAGCCUGCAUCAGCCCAUGUACUUCUUCCUGUGCAUGCUGGCUGUCAUUGACUUGGUUCUGUCAACCACAACUAUGCCCAAACUUCUGGCCAUAUUCUGGUUUGGUGCUCGCAACAUUGGUGUGGAUGCCUGCUUGGCCCAGAUGUUCUUUAUCCAUUGCUUUGCCACUGUUGAAUCAGGCAUCUUCCUUGCUAUGGCUUUUGAUCGCUAUGUGGCCAUCUGCGACCCACUACACCAUACCCUGGUGCUCACUCAUGCUGUGGUGGGUCGUUUGGGGCUGGCUGCCCUCCUCCGUGGAGUUCUCUACAUUGGACCUCUGCCCCUAAUGAUCCGCCUGAGGCUGCCCCUUUAUCAGACCAAAACCAUUGCCCACUCCUACUGUGAACACAUGGCUGUGGUCACCCUGGCAUGUGGUGACACAAGGAUCAAUGACUUAUAUGGAAUGGGGAUUGGCUUCCUGGUAUUAAUCCUGGAUUCAUUGGCCAUUGCUGCCUCUUAUGUGAUGAUUUUUAGGGCUGUAAUGGGGCUUUCUACCCCUGAAGCCAGGCUUAAAACACUAGGGACAUGUGGUUCUCACAUCUGUGCCAUCCUCAUCUUCUAUAUCCCCAUUGCUGUCUCCUCACUCACUCACCGCUUUGGCCAUGGUGUACCUCCCCACAUCCAUAUUCUUUUGGCCAACCUUUACCUCCUCAUCCCACCCAUCCUCAACCCGGUUGUCUAUGCUGUUCGCACCAGACAGAUCCGCGAGAGACUUCUCUAUAUUUUUAAGGCAGGGGCUCAACACAGGUGA